UCUCAAUUAUUUAUAGCAAGAAUCUAUCAGUUGUAACAUUUUUCGACAAAAGCGAUCUCCCUACCUACUUAUUUAAUUAAAUUCCGGGCGAUGUUAUAAAACAAUCUACUUAAAAGUUAAUAAAGUUAAAAUUAAAGAAGUUCAAAAAGGCUUGUACGCUGCAUCUUGUGUUUUUAUGAAAACAUUCAUCAUCGUAUUUAGAAAUCUAUUUAAAAAUUAAGAAAAUAAGCAUACAUUUUAGUAUUGAGUUUAUCUGCUAAGUACCUUGCUUACCUAUAUACCUACAUGCGAAAGAGUGGACAGGUGGAAACCAUAAGAAUUUAAUUGUUUGAUCGAACUUUUUGUACGCCACGCGCCGUUUCCAUGACACUAAUAAGUUUCGUCAUUGUUUGUCAUUCUCAAAGCUCCGUUCGUAUUGUCAGCUUGACGCUUUCUUUACUUUUGAAAUACUUUCGUAAAAUUUUGUGAGUAAUUUUUAAUUUAUAAUCAAAAUGUGUGAAGCUCAAUUCGGUGUGCGAAAUGUAAUAGGGGCGCCUGUUGCAACGACAAGGCUAUCCGAACAAGCAAUAGUAUGCAUGCCACCUAGAUCUGCUAAGUUUACUCUAGCAGAAUGGAAGAUGAGCAACGACCAACGCUGCAGAAACACCGAGGACCAACAACAGUUAGCCGAUAGAGUUUUAGGAGAAUGUGAAAGAAUCCGCGAAGAAACUGCCGAACGAGCUUCCAUCAUGAAAGCAACAUCCGAUCGACGGCUAGAAGAGCGAAUUGGCGAUAUAGAGUUCAACAAAAAAGAGUUACAGCUACAGAGGAAAGAAAUAUGCCUCGAGCUAGAAGCUCUCAGCGUUUAUAAAACUCGCUUACAAGAUUGCCUUUCAUCGCUACAAACUAAUGCGUUGACGAUAUGCAGAAAAUGCUUAAUGCUUCGCGAUGGCCGUAUCGGCAUCGAUUUAGUAGUGGACGAAGUUGAGCAUGCUCUUCAGCAAGAAAUAACAACUAUUCUUGGAGGGCAAAGCCUACUUAAACGAGCUUUGGAACAGUUGAACGAACAAAUGCGACGUCUACGUUCCACCCGCUAUCUUCUCGAUCGCGAUUUACAAUACAAACAAGCAGCAAUCGAUGUGGACAAAGGUUCUCUAUCAAUGAAACCGACCGAUUUAUGUCUCUCCGUUUACGAAGGUUACACCAGCCUUGAUCCAGCCAAUAUAUCCGCUGAAGAGUAUAACGCGUAUUCGGCUAAAAACAUCCAAUCAGCUGCUAGAGAAGUGACGAGUUCUCGUCCAAUAAAGAUUUUUAUCGACACUCUACUGAAACAAGUUAUUGAUGAUUUAUGGAGUGCGUUUAAUAAAUGCAAUCAUGAAUUCAAUGAACGUAUUGAAGAUACAAAGAGGGCUAAAGCGAAGCUUGAAGAUAUGCAUCGGGAGACAACUCAAAAGAUUGCAGAUAUGCAGAAUAAUAUAUUGGAAUUACAAAAAGCUUUGUCUGCUAAGGAAGGAUAUGUUGGUUUAGCUCAUACAAGGCUAGGAAGAAGAGCUCAAAGAGUUGGCGCGGAAUUAGUCAAAGACCCGCCCGGCCAGGCCUUGUAUUAUGAAUGUGAGAUGCUACGUCACAGUACUGAGCAACUUCAACAAAUGCUCCAUGAAGCGAAUUCGUCAUUACGCUAUCUUCUUCAAACCCAAAUCCAAUUGGAAGAAGAUAUUAAUGUGAAGAUGAAUACUUUGAAAAUAGAUGAAGUUGAUUGUAUGACGCUGCGUGCUACUAUGGAUUACCAUGCUUACUAAUUUUUGACAAGAGUUCCGUGUGGUUUUGGAUGCUUGUAGCGUUAUUUGCAAUAGAGUAUAACUGUUUGUGCUACAUUUUGAUAUAGGAUUUGUAUCUAAGUUAGAGCAAUUCACACAAUUUAUACAUGAGUAUUAUCAUAAUAAACAAAAUUGAAAAGCAAUACUGUGUGUCCUUAAUUAUUAAUUUUUAC